GGGAGAGGAAGUGACCCGCUCCUCCUCCUCUUCCUCCUCCUCCUCCUCCUCCUCUUCCUCCUCCUCCUCCUCCUCCUCCUCGUUCGGAAGAAGUUCUCUCUCUCUCACUCUCGAAAAAUGAGGAUAUUGAAAAGUGAGAAAGUAAGAAAGUGAGAGAGAGAAAGAGAGAGAGGAAGAGAGAGAGAGAGAGAGAGAGAGGGCGAGAGACAGUUCGUCGGAGUGAGAUAGUUCUAAAAGUGAGAUAAAAAGUGAGAGAAAGAAAGAAAGAAAGAGAGAGAGAGAGAGAGAGGGAGAGAAAAGUGAGCUAGUACUAUUGCGUUUGUGAGUUAGCUCUAAAAAAGUGAGAGAAAAAGAGAGAGAGAGACAUUUGUUUUGGUGAAGUUUUUGAAAGAAAGAAAGAAAGAAAGGAAAAGAGAGAUAGAGAGAGUGAGAAAGAAAGAAAGAGAGAAAGAAAGAAAGUGAGAGAGAAAGAAAGACAAACAGUGAAAAAACAAGAAAUUAGAGAGAGAGAAAAUUAGAGAAAGAGAGAGCGAGAUAAAGAUAGAGAAAAAAGUGAGAGAAAGUGAACAAUGAGAAAGAGAGAGAGAAAGAAAAUGAGAUAGAGAGAGAGAGAAAGAGAGAGAGAAAGUGAGAGAAAAUAUUAAAGAAAAAAAAGAAAAAAACAUCAACAACAACAAUGGUCUUCCUCCACUCCUCCUCCCUCCUCCUCCUCCUCUCUCCCCUCCUCCUCCUCCUCCUCUUCCUCCUCCUCCUCCUCCCCCCCCCUGCGGCCCCUCAACAGGACUACACAAUCCCGGAGGUAGAGGGCGAAGAAGUGGAACAUGUCAAAGUUGUGUUGGGUCUGAACGCGUCGCUGCCAUGUGAUGUGCGGGCCCCCCAUCACGACCAGCCGACCCUAACGCUAUGGUAUAUCGCAGACGAGGAAGCACCAGUGUACAGUUACGACGAGCGGCCAGGGGUGAGAGGGUCGCAGUGGUCUGACCUCAGCGUGUUGGGGCGGCGCGCGACCUACCACCCGCACCACACCCCGCCCGCCCUGCACCUGUCCCAUAUCACUCUGCAAGACGCCCGCCUCUACAGAUGUCGGGUGGACUUCAAAAACACAAGAUCCAGGGUGACUUGGGUGAAUUUGACAGUCAUAGUCCCUCCAAGCAGAGCAGAAGUUCUCUCCAGAGUCUCUCCAAUUCCUCUUGGAGAGAAAAAUGACGUCAUCUGCAAAGCCUAUGGAGGGUCACCGCCCCCCGAGGUCCUAUGGCUACAAGGGAAUGUUAUAGUAGACUCAAGUUAUACCGUAUCAGGGCCUGAGGUCUACAACGUUCUGGAGGCCCCAGCUGAACGGCUUGACCUGACCUCGCCGUUCACCUGUAGAGCCUCAAACAAUGACCUCGUAGGACCCGUCGAGUUGACCUACUUAAGAAACGUGACCUGCGGGCCCCUCAGCGUGAAGAUUCAGCGGGAGGAGGAACCUGUACGUGAGGGUCGUCCUGCGCGGUUGUCCUGUACCGUCGUGGGUAGCAACCCGCCCCCUGAGGUCACGUGGUACAGACAUGGGCAGCCCGCGGCCAGUCACGUGAUACGGGUCACAAACAGCGAAAAUGUGACCAAAAGUGAGCUUACCCUGAACGCGACAAGGGCGGAUCAUUUGGUUCGGGUCGUCUGCAAGGCUGUCAACAAACUGCUCGAAAUUCCACCCGUAGAAGACGUGUAUAUUUUGGACGUACAGUACAAGCCUGAAGUGAGGUUGAGUCUGGGACGAUCCUUGGACGCUGAGAAUCUACAGGAGUUCAAAGACAUCUUCCUUGAAUGCCACAUUGAUGCCAACCCAAUGCCCUACAAGGUGGAGUGGCGCCAUGACGGUCGCCUGGUGAGCCACAACGCUAGCCAGGGCGUCAUCGUGUCGGAGUCCACCCUCGCCCUUCAGAAGGUCCGGCGUGAGGCAUCGGGCAAAUACCAGUGCAGCGCUUCUAACGUGGAGGGCGACGCCAUCAGUGACCCCGUGCCAAUCUCUAUCAAAUACGCGCCGCGGUGCACGGUUAGUCCUGUGCUGCGCGGCGUGGCCAUGCGCGAGGCCCUCAACGUGACGUGCCGCGUGGAGGCCGACCCCCCCGACGUGUCCUUCACCUGGACCUUCAACAACUCCGUGCGACGCGACCACAACAAGGUGUUCGGCGAGGCGAGGUACAGCAAAGGGCAACUGGAGAGCGUAUUAGAAUACAUCCCAAGCAGCGAGAGAGACUAUGGAACCCUGCUAUGCUAUGCUCGCAAUUCCGUGGGUCGUAUGGCUACACCCUGCUCGUUCACCGUGAUCUCAGCAGGGCCGCCGGAGGGUGUGCGGGGCUGCGGGGUGGACAACAUCACAUCCCACUCCGUGACCGUCGCCUGCUACCCUGGGUUCAACGGGGGACUGCCACAGCUCUUCACCCUGGAGGUUUGGACGCAUGAAACAGCACCCAUACUUGUCCUAAACGUGACGCGGGCAUCCCCUGUCUUCCUGGUGAGGUCACUAGCGCCAGGUCACCAGUACAGAGCUCAGGUCACCGCGCACAACCCCAGGGGAGGCGCGACCCCCGUGGGCGUCUCGAUUUUGACCUUGAAGGAAGCUGAGAUGCAUAAAAGUCUCCCGUCCCGGUCAGAGCCCUCCGCCGUGAUGCUAGUCUGCGCUGUGCUAGGAGGUGCCUUGCUAGUAGUUCUCCUCCUCCUCCUAGUGGGCGUGAUGGGCGUGAGAGGGUGCAGAAGAGGAAGAGGAAGAGGAGGAAGACGGGAGGAGGACGAGGAGGAUGAGGAGGAAGAGGAGGAGGAAGAAGAGGUCACCAGAGUUGGGAUCAAGGAGUCGAAUCCAGACUUACUAGACACAUCCCCAGCCAUCCCCCUCACCCUCCCUUCCCCGCCACCACCAGCAGCGACCAACCCCAUAAGCAUAUCUAUCAUCAAACCCCCGCCCCCCCCGCCGCCCCCCGUGUUCCCCAACCCCUUCCCCCCCUCCUUCACAGCCCCCACGACCCCCUCCACGCCGCUAGGGGGUCUGGGGGGGCUAGGGGGGGCGGGAAUGGAGGACAGAAGAGGGGGGACUCUACCGUCUUCAAAAUCCGGGGUCUUGGUGGUCGAACCUCUCCAUAGGCCUAUUGCGGAGAGCCUACAGCGAUCUCUGAGAGGCCUAAGUUCACAGCAUUUGACGUAGUAAAGGAAAAAAAGAAGAAGAAGAAGAAGAAGAAGAAGAAGAAGAAGAAGAAGAAGAAGAAGAAGAAGAAGAAGAAGAAGAAGAAGAGGAGAAAAGAGAGUGUGUGUGUGUGUGUGUGUGUGUGUGUGUGUGUGUGUGUGUGUGUGUGUGUGUGUGUGUGUGUGUGUGUGUGUGUGUGUGUGUGUGUGUGUGUGUGUGUGUGUGUGUGUGUGUGUGUGUGUGUGUGUGUGUGUGUGUGUGUGUGUGUGUGUGUGUGUGUGUGUGUGUGUGUGUGUGUGUGUGUGUGUGUGUGUGUGUGUGUGUGUUUUAAUUAAAGAAAAUGAGAAAACAAAAAACAAAGAGAAAGAAAGAGAAAGAAAAAGAAAGAAAGUGAGAAAGUGAGAGAGAGAAAGAGUAAGUUAGAGAAAGUUUUGGAAAGUUAUGAGAGAAAAAAUGAGAAA